CUGCCCAUCCCCCGCCCCACUCGCCGGCCUCCGGAGCGGACCUGCUCGACCCCGCGACCCCGCGACCCUGCUUCUGCACUGCCUAAAAGAAUUGGCCUUUCCCGCUGGGGCCGAAGCCGCUUUUCCAGCGGCGACGAUUCAGCGGGGUAGCGUCCGGCAGGCACGAGGCGACCGCAGCCGCGCCACCCGGAGACCUGGCGGUGCGUGGUUGGGCGGCGGGGCAGCUUGCCUCCCUCUCCUGCUUAGCUCGGGGCUUGUGAGUUACAGGUGACUCUACUUGAAUUUCCCAGCUGCAGAAUAUGUAGUACCUUUAAAGGUUGGCAAUGAUGAGCAAGCUGGAAUCAAAGGAAGACAAGAUGCUGGAGGUUCAGUUUGUGGGAGAUGAUGAUGUUCUUAAUCACAUUCUUGAUAGAGAAGGAGGAGCUAAAAUAAAAAAGGAGAGAGCCCAGCUUUUGGUCAACACAAAAAAAAUAAUAAAGAAGCCAGAAUAUGAUUUGGAGGAAGAUGACCAGGAAGUUUUAAAAGAUCAGAACUAUGUGGAAGUUUUAGGACGCCAUGUUCAAGAAUCCUUGAAAAAUGGCUCUGCUACAGAUGGUGGGAAUAAAGUUUAUUCUUUUCAGAAUAGAAAACACCCUGAAAAGAUGGCUAAAUUAGCUUCAGAACUAGCAAAAACACCAAGAAAAAGUGUUUCAUCCAAUUUGAAGAGUGAUUCUGAAAUUACCAUAGACAUUCCUCAGUGUAGCAAGGGGCAUUCUGCUUCAGACAAAGUUCAGUUGAAGAACAAUGAUAAAAGUGAAUUUCUGUCAACAGCACCUCGUGGGCUAAGGAAAAGACUAAUAGUUCCAAGGUUUCAUUCUGACAGUGAAAGUGAAUAUUCUGCUUCCAACUCGGAGGACGAUGAAGGGGUUGCACAGGAAUGUGAAGAGAACACUAAUGAAGUCAUAUUGAGCGAACAGAUUCAAGCUCAGAAUAGAGUAGUUUCGGCUCCUGUUUGCAAAGAAACGCCUUCUAAGAAAAUGAAAAGAGAUAAAACAAGUGACUUAGUAGAAGAAUAUUUUGAAGCGCACAGCAGUUCAAAAGUUUUAACCUCUGAUAGAACACUGCAGAAACUAAAGAGGGCUAAACUGGAUCAGCAAACUUUGCAUAACUUACUGAGCAAGGUUUCUCCUUCCUUUUCUGCUGAACUUAAACAACUAAAUCAACAAUAUGAACAGUUAUUUCAUAAAUGGAUGUUGCAGUUACACCUGGGGUUCAACAUUGUGCUUUAUGGUUUGGGUUCUAAGAGAGAUUUACUGGAAAGAUUUCGAACCACCAUGCUGCAAGAUUGCAUUCAUGUUGUCAUCAAUGGCUUCUUUCCUGGAAUCAGUGUGAAAUCAAUCCUGAAUUCUAUAACAGAAGAAGUCCUUAAUCAUAUGGGUACUUUCCGCAGUGUGCUGGAUCAGCUAGACUGGAUAAUAAACAAAUUUAAAGAAGAAUCUUCUUUAGAACUCUUUCUUCUUAUCCACAAUUUGGAUAGCCAAAUGUUGAGAGGAGACAAAAGCCAGCAGAUUAUUGGACAGUUGUCAUCUUUACGUAAUAUAUACCUUAUAGCAUCUAUUGAUCACCUCAAUGCUCCUCUCAUGUGGGAUCAUGCAAAGCAGAGUCUUUAUAACUGGCUCUGGUAUGAAACUACUACAUAUAGUCAUUAUACUGAAGAAACCUCCUAUGAGAAUUCUCUUCUGGUUAAACAAUCUGGAUCACUACCACUUAGUUCCCUAACUCAUGUCUUACGAAGCCUUACCCCUAACGCGAGGGGGAUUUUCAGGCUACUAAUAAAGUAUCAGCUGGAUAACCAGGAUAACCCUUAUUACAUUGGACUUUCUUUUCAAGACUUUUACCAGCAGUGUCGGGAGGCAUUCCUCGUCAAUAGUGAUCUGACACUUCGGGCCCAAUUAACUGAAUUUAGGGACCACAAGCUUAUAAGAACAAAGAAGGGAACUGAUGGAGUGGAAUAUUUAUUAAUUCCUGUUGACAAUGGAACAUUGACUGAUUUCUUAGAGAAGGAAGAAGAGGAAUUUUGAAGCUCUCCUGUACUCUUGAAUCUUCUGUGGAAGAGUUGUACCCCAGCUGCCACUCCUCUAGUCUAAAAUGUUGUGUUUACAUCCAAUAUUAGACUCUUUUUCCAAUGUACAAGAUUUAAAAUUGGGAGGGGGAAUGUCAUCAAUUAGAACCUUGAUUAUUAGCCUGGCUGGUGUACCAUCCUAGUACUAUGCAGUGGUCCUCAAGUUGGAGAAAAUGUGCCUUUCAUUCAUUACCUCUCUGGAGACUUCUUGCUGGAAGGAACAGUGUGCUCAGGGACUAUUUGGAGCUGGAUGUUUUGAAUUCUUUUAUACCAGAGAUGAUAUUCCUAAUUUUUCGAGGGCCUUUAACACUCCUGGAGCUAUCUGCAAAUGUGCUUGUUCCAGAGUGUGGAAGUACAAAGACGUUGCAGCAUCACGUAAAUCGGCUUUAUUUGCUAUUCCAUGUGUCAGAAUUGAAGAGUAUAAUAGAGAAGGCAGAUCAUCUCUUACUGUUUCUGAAAUGGCUUAACAAAAGGUGUAAGAUUGUGGGAAAGUAGGUAAUUCAACUUUCUCCUUUUGUAUUUAGGCUACAUGCUGAUAGAGGAAGAAGGAGCAUGAUGCCAUUCAGUUGGGAGAGUAGGAAAAACAUAAAAGAGUAUAUAGGGUGUAUGCCCAUCCCAGAAAGCACGUGAACAGUAACAGAUCGUGCUGCUCAGGACACUUAAUGUCUGUGCCGUCACCUUCAGGAUACAAGUUAGAAGCCAGGCUAGAGAAACACAAACCUGAAUUUCAUUUUAGUUAUUUUUUCAAGGCAACAGAAAAUAAAAAUUUAACUAUUCUUGUAUAUCAACAUGUUUUUCUUUUCUUGAAUAACAUGCAGAUGAGCAGCAUAUUAAUGGCUGGCCUUAAAUGAAUUUGAUUUCUCUAUCAAGUAGGCCUAAAAUUCACUGUAAGACAUUUCAGUUUUUUUCCUUAAAAUGACAAUUUCAAACCUCCUAAAUACUCAAGCCUUUUUUUCUCUUAGGAAAGACAAGAAGGUUAAUCUCGGCCACUGGAGUCAGCUCAUAGUCUUCACAUACUCCCUGAACUAUUUCAUACUUGGAAAUGAAAUUCUUCAUUAAAAUAUCACUGUAAUAUACUGCAUCAGCAUUUCUCACCCAUUUCUCAUCUUGUAAACCCCUUUUAUGAAAAUAUUUCCCAAAAUGAUCAGAAUUCUUAAAACCAUUUCUUUGUGUCAUAUAAUGAAGUAAUUUUAUUUUAAAUCCAUGCAUUAAGGGGUUUAGUCUUAAGCAUAAUUACUAAUCAAAAUUUUAAAUUUAUACAUGAAUAGGAUUCUAAAAUUGUUUAAUUGUACCAAAGGAUAUGCAAUGAAAAGUGAUUUUCCUUACCAUCCCGAUCCAGUCCCUUAGGCAGCCAUUGACAGCGGUUUAAGCAUUCUUCCCAAGGUAUUCUAUGCACAUCUAAGGGUAUUUGUCUGUAUUUCUCAUUUUAAAAACACAAAUGGUGGCAUAUGAUGCUUGCUGGUUUGCACCUUGUUUUUGUUUUUGCUUAAUAUAUUUAGUUUAUUAUAACUUACAGUAUAAAAAAGUAUAUGAGGGGCUUCCCUGGUGGCGCAGUGGUUGGGAGUCCGCCUGCCGAUGCAGGGGACGCAGGUUCGUGCCCCGGUCUGGGAAGAUCCCACGUGCCGCGGGGCGGCUGGGCCCGUGAGCCAUGGCCGCUGAGCCUGCGCAUCCAGAGCCUGUGCUCCACAACGGGAGAGGCCACAGCUGUGAGGCCUGCGUACCGCAAAAAAAAAAAAAAAAAAGUAUAUGAAAUCUUUAAUGACCUAAUGUGCAAACUUUGCAUUUGCCCUUAAAUAUCUACUGGUUUAUUUUUAUAAUUUUUGUGUCUAUACUGUUUGCAAGCAGUAUGUGUGAAUAGUCUUUACUAUUAAUAAAGAAACCAAUUUGGAUAUAA